UAGAGAAAAAAGCAAAACAAUCAUUUUUUAUCCCCUUCACCGGCUGAUUUUAGGGGCAUCUAUAGACCGCAGUGAAACAGUCUUUCCCCAUUAGUGCGACAGCAGGGAGUUAUAAUAAACAGUACUGUUAAAUGUAUCUUAUCCUGUUCAGCACUAAAAUCUACCGAAAGCUGGCGAUUGUGCUUUAGUUACAUUUGAUCCAGGUUGAAAAUGACUUCCAAACGUCUUCUUCUGGAGCAGUCUCGAGCCGGCGACAGCACGCACGCGGGGGGCUGCACCGGGCAACGCGAGCCUGUCAGUGUCCUGAUGAUAGCAGCGCGCGAGAACGGAGCGUUUAACGGGAAAGCUUUUCAAACAAACACGUUGCAUGAAGGUGCUUUAAGGAAUUCUGGCAAGGAAAUCUCUCCGAAUGGACAUCAUUAUACCCCAACAACGAGAGAGAGGCACUACAUCCAUAAGAAAUUUACCUGCAGUAGAGAGGAGGACGAACAAAGCUUAGCUCCAGGUGGGGUCCUCAAACAAGGCUGCCCUGUUCAUCGCCUGGUCCUAAAUGGCCACAGGCUACAAGACCAAACCCAUAUGGAGGCUUGGACCUCAGUGAGAGUGCCCGAGGAGCGAGGAUGCUGCCUACCAUCUCCCGAGGCCCCGCACCUGCACGCAUCCUCCAUCAUCCUCGUCCCAUAUGACAGGAGGCCCUCUGGUCAUGCCGAUAAGGAAGUGAUGGCCGCCACCGUCCUGACCACACUGUCCACCAGCCCGCUGGUGCUGAACCCCUCCACCAAUGUCUCAGGAAAACUCAAACUCAGAAAACAAAGGAGAAUAUACAAUUCUGCUCAUGGAUAUCUAGGUGCAGAGCUGGCUAGUAAGGGCUGGAAGGAGAGCCUGUCGGCCAGCUAUAGCAGCUCCACCAGUGGGAACUGGAGCUGGGACGCCAGUGACCAAUCAGUGCCCUCCACGCCGUCCCCGCCCCUCUCCAACGAAGUUGGCAAGAGCUUCCUGCUUUCCUCCCAGAGUGAUGACAACACUGAGGAGACAGAGAGUACACACUUCCUGUUUGAGGAUCCCAUCCCACGUAAACGAAAGAACUCCAUAAAGGUGAUGUUUAAGUGUCUGUGGAAGAACUGUGAAAAAGUCCUCAGCACCUCCUCAGGGAUCCAGCGUCACAUCCGCACCGUCCACCUGGGGCGAAAUGGAGACUCUGACUACAGUGAUGGUGAGGAGGAUUUUUACUACUCUGAAAUUGAGGUGAACAUGGACACACUUUCGGAGGGGCUGUCCAGCCUCACACCCACCUCACCCACUUCAUCCGGGCCGCCCCCUGUUUUCCCUGUCCUGACCUGUGAUGCUUCUCGAUCCGAGCCUGCUCACAUGAUCCACACCCCUCUCAGCCAGUCAGCACCGUCGGCACUGUGCCACAUCCGCACUGACCACGCUUACCAGGCUACAAACCCUGUCAGCAUUCCCAGCAUGCCCUCUGAGCUGCCUCACAGUGAGGACAGGAUUAGUGUAUCCUGGCAGUCACCCCCUGUCAUAUUUAAAGGCCCACCGGGCCCGAUGACUCAAAUCCGCACUGUUAGCAUCGGUGAGAAGAGACAACCUGUUAACCACACCACUGUCAGCAAAACGAACAUCAGCACCUCCACUUCCAAACCCACCAAUGGAAUCAGGAAACCCCGUGGUGAAGCGAAGAAGUGCAGAAAGGUCUAUGGCAUGGAGAAAAGAGAUUUGUGGUGCACAGCAUGUCGCUGGAAGAAGGCCUGCCAGCGUUUCACUGACUGAGCUUUAGUUGUUACUCCAUCAAAAUGUGCUCUUCUGUUGUCUGUUCCAUGGACUGACAACUGAUAAACUCCUCCAUGCUCUCAGAAUGGACAUUUCAUUAAGAGCUGACUCGGAGAGGUGUGGCCAAUUAGAAGUCACUGUUUUCUCCAGGCCACAAGAGGGGGCUCUUUUCCUGCAGCUUCCAUAGUGGAACACUGAGAUUUUGUGCAGAAAAACUGAAGAAAAAAAAAUCAAAAAAGUGAAAAAGUUUUCAGAAAAAAACGCAUAUUGGCUUUUGCUUUAUUGUUAUAUUAAGGCAAAAAGACACAAGACUUCCUAAGCUGAUUUUACAGUUUAUUAUACUUUCACAUUGUGCGUGUGUUCUUUGGAAUACAGUAGCUGAACAUUUUCCAUGAGUUUAAUUGUGACAGACUUUAUACGUGGCAGUUUUUACUGUUAUCAAACUCUGUAAGCUAUUUUUUGAAGAGUAUUUUUGAACAGUUAACCAAUUUUGGUGACACUUAUUCAGCGACUCAAAUUCAAAAGCAGUUAAAAAAGAAACCUGGCCUUUCACAUCAUUUAAACUUAAAUCAAACAGUCUAACUUGGCACCUGUUCAAACUGUUUCUGGACGCUUUAUCUUGCCUAUAAGCACUUUUUAACAGCCAUGAAAAUAAUUAGAUUUUCUAUUUUGUUAAAGCAGAAUACAGUUUAGCAUUGCUGCUUCUUAUUAGGAAUUGCGUAAUGCAUUCUCGCACCUUUGGUUUAGUUAUUUCAACACUCUUUGCUAGAUUUUUCGUCUCCUAAUACCUCUAAACAAGAAUGAGCCUUUUAGAGAGAGCCCGCUGUGUACUUCAGCAUGAAUAGUUGUAGUGCAGGAAUGUAAAAUGGCCUCUCUGCACUAAAGCACCAGAAAAACAAAUCCUCUGUCCCUCACAGAUCAACUGCAUGCUUCUUUAUAAGCUAUGAGGUUUAUUCCUAUCAGUCCGCAGUAUUCAUUUAAUUGCAGGCUCUUCAGUUGGCCAACAUUUUACAGCGACUUUCAUGAGUUCACGUUAAAAUUUAACAAAGACAAUCUGCUGUUUAGAGAAGUCAGUUAGCCCAAUAGGACAUAGUGUUAAAAGGAUACUUUGGUUUUCUGCGUGCUUCUAAAACCCUCAUCCACACAGUCCGCCUUGCGUACUUGUGCCUGUGUGCGUUGUUUGCGCAUGGAGAACUCGUGACCGUGCGUGAAACGUAAAGGCACACAGAAAAGCGAAGUCUACCCAUUUUUUUUCUCUUCAAUACAGAUCACGAUGCCUUCAAUACAAGGGGGUGGGGAGAAGAUAAUCCUUGCGUCUCGUACAGGACGUCGUAAUUCUGACCAAAAUAUGGCACAUCCUGUCUAAUACAAGACCGUUGGCAACUCUAAAGGCCCAAACAUACUCUACGCAAGUACAUGAACACAGACGCAUCUUGCUACGCAAGCAUGAUUUCACGUGUCGUUGCGUUGUGAAAUGUGUCAGAGCACAAUUCAUAACCUAACACAAGUACGCGCUCUAUUCUCAGUGUUGCCGCAAGGGGCGCUACAGCGGAUUUUCUUUUUUCAAUCAACAACUGUCAUAGCAGAGCAGCAAUUUGAGUAGAGUCUUGCCGAACAAAUUAGAUUAUACAAACAUAUUUUUCUGUCAUCUUUUCAGCAAAUACAAAAGCACACUCCUCAACUGUCAACAUGUUGACUCCACCACAUCCGGUUUCGUGCUGCCUAAAAAACUAUUUCGCCCCAUUGUGGUCCGAGGUUUGUAACCACCAGAGCAACGCAAGAGCGCACGUAAUGUAUGUAUAACGGGACCACGUGCUGGCAAAGCGCUCGUGUCUAUGUUUGCGUACUUGUGUGUAGUAUGUUUGGGCCCUAAGCCUUGCUUACACUGUGCGCAUCAUCUGUACAAAAGAAUAUCACAAAGUGCACAUGCGUCAAAUGCAGCUGUUUCGCUCUAGCUCAAUUGACUAUACUAGGACGUGCAACUGUUCGCGAGAUGUGACGGCACGCGGAAAAACGAAGUACACCCUAGCCUUUUGUGUCUGGAUAACUAAGCUAGAACAGGACAUCCCAGUUUCAUAUGAUCCACUUAAAUAGUACCUUAAAACUAGUGUUUUUUGUACAGAUGCAUAACUUGUACUUGUAGCUUUUGCAGAGUCGGUGUGGUUAAUCUGGGCCAUGCUGUGCUUCCAAAGGAGUAGUGUGUUUCUUAUACAACAUAUGGCUACAAUGCAUAUGUACAUAUUAUUUGCAGGCUUACAAGGAAAUGCUUACUCUGACAACAUGUAGACGUGUGUGAAUGUAGAUUGUGCCAUGUCUUCCACUGUGUUAGUCUUUCGCUUUCUCUUCAUAUCGAGGUGAUCAUAUGAUGUCUUCAUGUAUACACUGUGCUUUCUGUCCCCAAAGCCAGCUCUGAGCUGUUUCCCUUGAUAACACUUGUGUCAUCUAGGCCUAUAUGGGCUGUAUACGUGAAUGUGAUCAUUAAGGCUGGAGAACAUUAAAGCGAUAGUUCACACAAAAAUGAAAAUUUGACAAUUUUAUUCCACCUUGCAGGUAUGAAGAGAUAAUGUUAGUUUACCUUUUCAGACCAAACAAAACAAUCAAUAAGUGUAGCUCCCAAAAAAAUGUGUGUAGCACUCUCUCAAAAAGCUUUUUAUAAAUCAUGGAUAUCAAAGAAACAAUUGGGCUGGUGCAUAAUGCCAAAUGACCAAAUGUCAAGGCAUAUUGUCCAAUUACAGCUUAGAGCAGCUUUGUCUUCUCUUUUCCAGUGGUCAGAAAAGAAAGAGUGUCCCUCUCAUGAUCAUAACCUUCAGUAAGUGCCAAUGAGAAGAACAAGAGGGAAAACAUUUAAUUGCACUAACUUGUACUGCACAAAACGUAUAUUUUUAUGUACCAUUUUUAUACAGAGAAAUUGAAGUUUUUAAAAGAAAAUGCUUAAUGGUCGUAUGGUGACCGCCAUCGUUUUCAAUUGUCAUUGGGUCAGGGAUGAGGUCUUUUCGCAGACCUCCCAACUAUAAGCUUACUUGGCGGUACUUUAUGGUGUUGUGCUAGUUUGGGCCUUGCAGAACACAUCAGGGAGCUUUUUGUCCUCAGCAAUUUGACUGCAGGCUUAAAUCGGUGACAAUCAUUUAGGCUCCUUUGAUUCUUGGGAAUGUCGCUGACUUGGUUUUUUGAUGACUUGUCUAGUUUUCCCAUAUAAAACAUUGUCUUUUUUUCUCCAUAGGGAACAAGUCAUGGGUAGAUUUUGGAUUUAAAGGGAAAAGUUCACCCAAAAAUGAAAGUUUGGUCAUCAUUUACUUAGCUUUGAGAGAUGUUAGGCAGAAUGUACUUAAGCCUCAGUCACCAUUCCUUUCAUUGUAUGAAAAAAAGAUGCAAUGAAAAUGAAUGGCUGUCAGUGCUGUUAACAUUAGUUAAUGCAACAUGAACUAAGACAGAUCAAUUGUGUUUUUUAUCAAUUAACACAAACAACAAUUAAUAAAUGCGGUUUAAAAAUAUUGUUCCUUGUUUGUAAUGCAUAAAUUAAUGUUAACAAAUGGAACAUUAUGUUCUAAGUAAGGAAGUAGGGAUAUGCCACGGUGGUCGACUAAUCAACUAGUUGUCCAACAACUGACUAGUUGAUUAGUGGGAUCAACUACUAACAUUAAUAUUUUUAUUGGUGUUUGCUUUAAUGGGAGACACAAUUCUCAAAUUAAUUAAGAGACUCAACAUAUUGAAGAGCAUUUUUUUUUUUUCCGUGAUUAUAGGUUGCUGCGCUUAAAAGUGAAUAAUAGUCAGCAGAGUGAAACCUUCUGUAAGAAGUUUAGCUUCUUAAAGGAAUAUUCUAGGUUCAGAACAAGUUAAGCUCAAUCAGCAGCAUUUGUGGCAUAAUGUUGAUUACCACAAAAAAAAUUUUGACUCGCCCCUGCUUUAAAAAAAAAAAAAAAAAAAAAAAAAACCUGAAUUUCGAGGUUACACUGAGGCACUUACAAUGGAAGUGAAUGGUGCCAAAUUUUGGAGGGUUUUAAGGCAGAAAUGUGAAGCUUAUAAUUUUAUAAAAGCACUUACUUUCAUUCUUCUGAUAAAACUCAUGCAUUCUUUGAGCUGUAAAGUUGUUUAAAUCAUCAUUUUUACAGUCGUUUUAGGGUUUACAGCAUAAUAUCAUCAUGGCAACGAAGAUGUAAAAUAGGCUAUAACUUUACACAGAAAAGGUUCGUAAGUGAUUUUAUCCACUAAAAUCAUUUUUACAAGCAAAUCAUUUGUAUUCAUUGUAUGUUGUACAAUUUCAUUGUAAGUGUCUCACUAACCCAGAUAUUUCCUUUUUUAAAAGGAGGGAUGAGUCUAAAUACAUUUUUGUGGUAAUCAACAUUAUGCCACAAAUGCUGUCGAUUGAUCUUAACUUUUAUUGAACCCGUAAUAUUCCUUUUAAUGCUUCAACUUCAGUCCAUUUAUGCACCACUGCUGUUUCAGCCAUCCAAGCUCUGUAUCAACAAUACAUUACAAGACGAUCACUGUUGGACGUUAAAUCCUCUGCUGUAUUUGUAAUGUGCUUUCAAGAGAUUUAAGUCUUCUGACUCUGCUAAAAUAAAAAGUUUAAACUGCUCACCCGCAAUAUUAUCUUGCAGUUCUGCACUUUUGAAUGUGCAGCGAGGAUCAUCCUGAGACUCCCAAGUGCUCUGUUUACAUUGAAGCGCGUCAUUCUGCGUUCAGGAUGAGCAUAAGCGGAGCCUUUCUUAUUUCUUCUCUUUGAUAGUUUUGUGCAAUAAGAUGUUAUUGUUACUUAGCCUAUAUUUUUGUGGAAUAUCCAUUACCAUGUUAAAGUGCUGUGCUUAGCAUCCAUAUAUCAUUCCGAAACAUGUCUGAUCGGGGUCACGUGAACAUAACGGAGACUAAUUAUACAUUACUAUCCUUAACGCAGACUAGUCAUUCAAACAACUGACCGACAGGUUGAUUAUGAAAAUUGGAACAUCCCUAGAAAGAAGUCAUACAGGUUUGAACAUGAGGGUGAGAGAGUAAAUGAUGAGAGAAUUGACAUUUUUAGGUGGACUAUCCCUUUAACCAUCAAAAAUCUAAUGAGUCAGGCAGUGACAUUUUAAAUAAGUUCUGUAGUGUCCGUUUUGAGCGUGGAGUCACAAAAACAAUCACUUUUUUGGCUUCUUUGCCAACUUUAUAGACGAUAUAAAAUGGAAACCAUAAAAGGAAAUUGAAAGAUUGCCUUUUUUGUUUUUGAAUUGAGAGUCUGUAGUGAAUAAAACAUGUAUAUAUUCAUUGUAUAUUUCAGACUGAGGGUAAAUGGGGAAAAGAAGCAACAAUGAAUGUAAAAUCUACAAAACAAAAUAAUCUGCCUGUAAUCUGUCACGGCUGUUGGUUUUUGUUAUUGCUUGUCUUACAUGAACUUCUGUCCAUUUUUUUUUUUUUUCUUGCAUAUCAAGUAGCUAGAACCACUCAGUGUUUUGUUUUUCCUUUUAGUUCUCAUUUUCAGUUGACGUGCUUUAAAUCUGCCUUGCAUUGAUAUGAUUUCAUUGAUCAGAAAUAUCUGUCUGUAAGUGAGUCUGUACAUCAUGACGUAUGUACUGUUGUAAGGUUGGAUGGAUGUUACUAUGUGGAUCAUGAUGUCAUUCUGCCCUGCACAUUCCGAUAGAUGAUUUUACAUUCGUCUGAGCCUUUAUCAAUCUGUUUCCUGUUAUUCUAACUUUUCUGACUGCCUGUUGGUUCUUGCCAAGGACAUUAAGCUAACCACACAAGAAACCUUUAAAAACUCUCAACACUUUCAAAUGUUUGUGUUAAUAAAAAUUUAAAAAGGAUUUUCACAGUAAUCAAGACCAUUUUAAGAUUCUCCUACGUAACUGUUUCAGUGCAGGAUUUUUCAAAACAACUAUUUCUCCCUUUUUGUGUUUCUUUUACCAUUUAGGUCUUGAAGUUUUGUCAAGCUCCUUUUUUGACUGUAUAUUUCCUUUCUUUCUCCAUUGUUCCUCAUCGGUUGAUAUUUGAUGCAUGUCUUGUGUCAUCUUUGUACUAAAUUGUUUUUCAGAGGUUGACAUUAUGUUUCCAGAGUUGCAUGAAUGCCUGAGAGGAUGGAGGUGUUUGUGGUGUUUACUUGGGCCGUGAUGAGAGUUUGGUUUCUUUGGCUGUAAUGUGAUUUAAAUAAAAGUGGAUUUCAGAACGACA